AUGUCUGAUCCAAGCUCCAUUAACGGUGGUAUCGUCGUAGCCAUGACCGGUAAAGAUUGCGUAGCAAUUGCAUGCGAUCUGCGCCUUGGUAGCCAAUCUUUGGGUGUUGCCAACAACUUCGAAAAGAUCUUUCAUUAUGGGCAUGUCUUCCUAGGGCUAACAGGCUUAGCUACCGACGUAACAACCCUAUCAGAGACCUUCAGAUACAAGACAAACAUGUACAAGCUCAAGGAGGAUCGCUUCAUAGAGCCUGAAACAUUCACACAACUUGUAUCGAGUACACUGUACGAGAAGAGAUUCGGCCCCUACUUUACAGGCCCUGUCGUGGCAGGCAUCAACUCGAGAACAGGAAAGCCCUACAUCUCUGGCUUCGAUCUAAUUGGGUGCAUUGAUGAGGCCAAAGACUUUGUGGUUAGUGGAACCGCCUCGGAACAGCUGUUUGGUAUGUGUGAAUCACUUUACGAACCCAACCUAGAACCUGAAGACCUUUUCGAAACGAUAAGUCAAGCCCUUCUGAAUGCGGCUGAUCGUGACGCUUUGUCGGGAUGGGGUGCUGCCGUAUACAUAAUCAAGAAAGACAAGGUCAUUAAGCGCUACCUAAAGACCAGACAAGAUUGA